CUAUUGCCACAACUCGCCAUCAUCAGCCUAUGGCGGUUCUCAUUAUUUGGUUGAUUUGGGAAUUAUCCUACAACCUUGAUUGAUAUUCAUGACUGGCGGUGUACUUUUAGGUGUUUCGAGCAGUUCUUCCUUUUCUUCUUGGUUUUCUUGUUUUUUCAUCCAUAUUUAUCGAUUCAAUCGAUAUUUUGUUUUGCCAUCUUUCGAAAACAAUUCACUAUAUAAAUAGCUCUGAUUUUACCUGUUUUGCAUUGAAUAGUUUCAUUUUUUAACCACAACAAUUGAGAAUAUUAAAGGAUAUCAAAGAUAAAAAAGAUAACAAGGAUGUCUGCUGUAACUACAAAAACUUCAGAAGAGACAAUUCUUGAUGAACAAUCUACUUUGAGAUUGACUUUUGCUCUUCCAGGUGAAUCCUUGUCCGGUCAAACCAAAAAAGAUGAGAAAACCGGUGCUUUGAUCGUUGAGAGAGAGGACGAAUACAAAUAUAAAGAUUGGUUGCCAACUUGGGAACCCACUUUUUACAAACCCUUGGAAUUUUUUGAACAUGUUGAUAGAGGAACCAAUGCUAAUCCAAGUUUCAUCAAUUUAUUUCCUCCUCAAAAACUUAAGAAUGAUCAAAUUAAAUUUCGUAGUAUUUCUCCCAAAUUUGGUGUAGAAGUUACUGGUGAUGUUCAAUUAUCACAAUUGUCUGAUGAGGCUAAGAAUGAAUUGUCUUUAUAUGUUGCUCAAAAGGGUGUGGUAGUAUUUAGAAAUCAAGAUUUAAAGGAUCAAUCUCUUGAUUUCAAUAAAAAAUACGGUGAAUAUUUUGGUCCUUUACAUAUCCAUCAAUCUACUCCUGCUCCAAAGGAUUAUCCUGAAUUUCAUUUGGUUUACAGAAAAGUUAAAAAGGAUGAAUCAAGCUAUGUAUUUGGUGAUAGAUUAGCCGGUUUGGAUUGGCAUUCAGAUGUUAGUUAUGAAUUACAACCCCCAGGUUUAACAUUUCUUGUUUUAUUAGAUGGCCCAGAGACUGGCGGUGACACCUGUUUUGCAAAUGCUGAGGAGGCAUAUGAAAGAUUAUCACCUAAAUUCAAGUCUCUCUUGGAGGGCUUAACAUGUUGUCAUUCAGGCUUUGAACAAUCAACUGCUUAUAAAGCUCAAGGAACAUUGCUAAGAAGAGCACCUGUAGCUCACAACCAUCCAAUUGUGAGAACUCAUCCAUUGACUGGGAAAAAAUCGUUAUACAUUAGCGGAAAUUUUGCUACACAUAUUAAUGGGUUGAAAUUAGAAGAGAGUAAUUUGAUUUUAAACUUUUUAAAGGAUUUUAUCAAAGCAAGCAAUGAUUUACAAAUUAGAGCCAAUUGGGAAAAUGGCACAGUUGUUUGUUGGGAUAAUAGAAGAGUUUUGCAUUCGUCAACAGUUGAUUGGGAUAAUGCAGAAGUUGCUAGACAUUUAUACAGAAUUACUCCUCAAGCCGAAAAACCAUUUUAAAGAGAAUCAAACAAAGGUUAAGAAUGAAGAUAUAUUGAAUUUAGUUGAGUCAAUUGUUCAUUCGUAUUCGU